GCACUCCUCAGCCAAUCAGUGCCCUGCCUGGGUGGUGGAUUUGGUUACAAGCCCAAGAUCACUGCAUACUCCUUCCUCCUCCUGCUGCAGCUUCAUUCAUUGGCCCCUGUCACACGGCCACAGAGCCCUGCUGGGUAUUGCUUCCGGCUGCAGCCUCAUGGGCUGGCAGGGACAGGCAUUAGGGAGCUUUGUCUGACCAGGCUGGGCUCAGUCAAAAUGAAGGUUCUGACAGUGCUGUUGGGGAUGCUGGGUUUCUUGGGGGUGGUUCCAGAGAGCUCUGCUGCCCACUACUGGGAAAACAGCUCCUGCUACUACUGGAACAUGCCCAUCCCUGGCAGCCCUCUGGGGUCCCUGAGCUUCCUGGCCAAGGAUGCUCAGGGUCUGGCUCUGUUCCAUGCCCACUGGGAUGCUCAUGGAAGGCUGCAGGUAUGCAGCUGGCAGGAUGAACCGGAGCUCAUUGAAGUUUUCAGUGAUCUCUGUGCUCAUGAGCCCACCCGGGGCUUCUUUAUCCACAAGCCAGGAUCAGAGCUGCUGAGAGCACUUGCCUCACUUUACAGUCAGUGGGAGACCUGCCAAGGGCCCUCAGGGGCCAGGGUGAAGCGAGCAGCAGAGCAGAGUGGAGCACCAGGCAGAAGGCACCUGCGAAUGAAGAGAGGAUGGACCAUCCCUGGCACACUGUGGUGUGGAGUGGGAGACUCUGCUGGGAACUCCUCAGAGCUGGGGAUCUUCCAGGGGGCCGAUCUCUGCUGCAGAGAACAUGACCACUGCCCACAGAAUAUCUCACCUUUGCAGUACAAUUAUGGCAUUCGAAACUUUCGAUUUCACACCAUCUCCCAUUGCGACUGUGAUGCCAGGUUCCAGCAAUGCCUGAGGAACCAGCAUGACUCCAUCUCAGACAUCGUGGGUGUGGCCUUCUUCAACGUGCUGGAGAUUCCCUGCUUUGUGCUGAAGGAGCAGGAGGCGUGUGUGGAGUGGUACUGGUGGGGCCGGUGUAAAACAUAUGGUUCAGUGCCCCUUGCUCACCUCCAGCCCGGGACCUUUUACAAUGCUUCUUGGAACUCCCCGGCCACCUCCCUGCCUCCCAGUUCCCAGAGCCCAGCCCACACCAAACCUCAAUGGAAGCUGCACCCUCAGAAGACUCGAUCGCAGCAGAAAGUGUCUAGGCAGCCAAGCACAGCCAAUGCCACAGUCUUCCAGGCCCCUGUGGUCUCCUCCAGACCUGAUGUGACCCUAACAGCCCAGUUGGUGGCCUUUCAUCCAGCCCUUGAUGGUCUGCAGAGUGGCCCCAAACCUCAUAGCACUCGCUGGGCCUGUAGCAGCUUCCUCCUCCUGGACCAAUGUGAGCACCAAAUCAGGCCCCAGGAAGCCAAGUUCCAGCUGCUGAACAGUGCCCACAAGCCCCUCUUCCACUGCAACUGCACACGCCGCCUGGCACGCAUCCUGAAGCUCCACAGACCACCUGCAGGUGCCAACAUGCUUUGGAAGUGGCUGGGCACCACCUGCUUCAAGCUGGCCCCUCCACUGGAUUGUGCUGAGGAUAAAGGCUGCUCCAGAGAACCCAGAGCCAUCAAGGUGUCAGCUCGGCAUUUGUUGAGACUUCAGCAGAGACAACUCCAACUCCAGGAUAAAGGCACUGAUAGGGGGCAGGCAUGGCCUUUGCAACCCUCAAUGUCAUUCUAUAAUCAAUGCCUGCAGCUUACUCAGGCAACCUAGAGACCCAAAGGGCAGCAAAAGUUCUACAGUUAGUGACCUCAGUUUCCGCUUUCCUAGGCACCAGUUUGCACCUUGUUCCUGGCUUCCUGGGAAUCUUGGCUUCCUCUCCAUAGGUUAGACUGCAGCAUGGCAGAGGCUGUUAAGGACAACCAGGAGGCUGCACAGAGGGGAACACCAGGCCCAAAUGCCAGAUCACAUUUCCUGCUGUGCUGGAUGACCUUGAGCUGGUGAUACAACAUCUCUGUGCCUGGAAAUGGUGUUCAAAAGGCUUGCUCUGAUGAGCGUGGGCCUUGUCUGGGAACUUUACAUACAGAUAGAGAUGGGGAAGGGUAACUUAUUGCAGCAGCACCUGCAGGCUCCAGGAAAAGGUACAUGUAUAUUCAUGUUGCAACAUUAAUACAGAACUCAAGAAUCUGCUUAGGGGAGCCCUAGCACCUGGCUAUGAGACCUGGGGCAGUAGGAGAGAAAUUAGGGAUGUCACAGAAAUACUUGCAUCUGAAUCCAGGAUGGGGGUCCUGGAAAGACAUUUUGAACUCUGCUUCUCCCAGGGAGGCUCUUUCUUUUAAUAGUUGCUGUAUCUUUUCUAGACCAUUCUUCUGGACCAUUCUUUUUGUGCUAAACCUAAAUUCAAAUCUCUUUUAUACCCUUGGAAAGGGACCCCCCUCUCCCUACUCUGAGCCUUGGUUCUCUCAUCUGAAAAAGGGAUUGUAAACAUGAGCUACCUCAAGUGUUGUUGAAGAUUAAGUGAACUAACUUUACAUAUAUAUAUAUAAAAUUAAAAUCUUGCUUAACACUCAGUAAACAUUUUCUCCCUUUGGCACACAGCCAAACUGUCUGAUCUUGAGAGGCUGACAUAAUCUCCUAGAGGCCUCAGUUUGCUCAUUUGUAAAAUGUUUCUAGGAAUGGCACUGAGCCCACAGGGUGUGGGAUAGAUCAGAGAUGCCAUAUAUCCUGUAUAUAACUGGUGCCUGGCAAAUAUCAGCCCUGUCAUUCUCUUGCCUCUUUAGUCCCUGCUUCGGACUGACCACCCCCAGGCCUGAACUGCUAACAAGUUAGGAAGGAGCCAGGAGUGAAGCUGGAGAAUUUAAUUCCUGAUGGGUGACCUCCGGGAUUGGGAAAUCUGUCAUAUUUCCCCCACCAUCCCAGAUGGGGGCCCAGGCGGGGCUUUGCUGAUUGUCACAGUUGAGGUGCCAGUUGGCCACCCCUGGCUAGGACAGAGGUGGGUACAGAUACAGUUGGAGUGGCAGCAGGAAAGAGGCAGAUGGGUUUAUGAAAGAUUGAGGCGGUGUGGGGCCAUUUUGGGCCCAUCUACCUACCUGGCCCUCAGGGUCCCAGACCCCCUUCCUCCAGCCCCUGCCUGCCCUGGGGGCUAGGAGACAGGCUGUCAGGGUCAGGGGCCUCCUGACCAGGUCCCCAGGGCCCGCCACCACCAGGAUCUACAGUCUCUAGGCGCAAGGCAGGCAGCACGCCUAGGCUUCGAGGCACAGUUGAUGGGAAGGCCCAGGGGCCAGGCAGCGCAGAGGGCCCUUCUUCACUGCUGCCUCGGCUGCUGUUGCCAUUGCUCCUGCCAUUGCUCCUAUCGGGGGCUGCACGGGGUAACUGGCGGCUUUGGGGUGAGGGGCUACGGCUGGCACCACGACGUUCACGGGAUGAGGGCCGCAGGGCAAAACUGGGGAAACGGGCCAGUCCUGGGCUGCGGCUACGAUGUCGCUUGGACUUGCCAGGACUGGGGCUGCGGGACUUGGGUGCGAGAAGCUCCAGAGUGCUGUCAUCCUCACCCUCCGAGGAGGUCCCCGAGCUGUCUGUGCUGCUGCUGCUGCUGGCUGACUUCGAGGUAGGCAGCGAGAUCUGGGGGAAUACUGGUCACAGGGGCAUCCCACUCCUCAUGGCCAUUAAGGCCUCUUGGAACCACUUCCCCCCUCCCCAUUGGCAGACCUUCUGGUCUGGCUAUUGGUUUGACAUCACAGAGUAGAAUGUGGAGGCUGUGGCACUAAAUAGGGCUAUUUGCCCCUCCCUCUGAGCCCUACAGUGUGACCUAUUUACCUGAAAGGGUUCAGUGACACCGAUGAGGAUGCUGUGGUUGUGACUGUAAUAGCCCAGGAUGAAGUCUCCAUGGCCCUUGGGUAGUGAUUCCUCACUGAAUGUCACCUGGUGGGCUCAGGGAUAUAAGCCAAAAUUGGGGUGAGAGGGCAGGCUCAGGACCCCCCAAACUGAGUCCCGAGUUCCCCAAGGCAAUGGUAGUUUUUCUUUUCUUCCCCUCCUUUUAAGUACCUGGAAGAUAGUCCCGUCCACAUCUUCAUGUUUGGCCCAUACAUAGGCCACAUAAUCCUUGCAGUGGCGAAAACCCACCUGGGGCAAGAGGGAUCAGGGUUGUGACUCCUCAUUCUAAUUCCAGCAGGCCCCCAGGGUAGCAUCAAACUCUGGACCAGCCAGUGACCCAACCCUGCCUUAGUGCCUAGCUGUUCCCCCAGACCCCUUCCUCCCCUAAGACACUGACUCCCCUGCUCUGCUCACCCGGUACAAGCCGAUCCAGUCCCAGGAACUUCGGGCAAACACUGUUUCCAUGCGGUACCUCACCACAGCCUGCUCUGGUCGUACCCACUCAUCUGCCACCUCCAGCCGUACCAGUGGCACGUCGUCCCUGAAGGCAAACUGC